CCCGCAGGCCCGCCGCCAUCUUUGUUAGGGGCGGCGGGCCCGGCUCCGAGAUGCCCAAGUCCUGCGCGGCCCGGCAGUGCUGCAACCGCUACAGCAGCCGCAGGAAGCAGCUCACCUUCCACCGGUUCCCAUUCAGCCGGCCUGAGCUGCUGAAGGAAUGGGUGUUGAACAUUGGCCGGGCCAACUUCAAGCCCAAGCAGCACACGGUCAUCUGCUCCGAGCACUUCCGGCCCGAGUGCUUCAGUGCAUUUGGAAACCGCAAAAACCUGAAGCACAAUGCUGUGCCGACAGUGUUUGCCUUUCAGGACCCCACGCAGCUUGUGAGGGAGAACACAAACCGUGCCAGUGAGAGGGGCGACGCUGGCUCUCAGGAAGAGAAGGUCCGCCCUGAGGCAGGGCCCGAGGAGGACAGCCCGAGGAGCAGCGCUGACACCCCACUGGAAGAGCUGCAGCUGCCGCUGCCUCCAGACUCCGAAGGCCCCGCACAGCAGGUUUUGCUGCAGAGAACAGAAGCAGCCGAGGCUCCUGGCUGGCCAGCUGGCCCCACAGGACUGGCGUCUGAUCACAGCUAUGCCCUUCUGGAUCUGGAUGCCCUGAAAAAAAAGCUCUUCUUCACCCUGAAGGAAAACGAAAAGCUCCGAAAGCGCUUGAAGGCCCAGAGGCUGGUGAUGCGGAGGAUGUCCAGCCGCCUCCGUGCAACAGAGGGUCAGCACGGACCCCAGGCCAGGCCACGGCCAGAGCAGUGGAGUUGAGCCUGGCAGUAGCACCCAGGGCAGGCAGUGAUUUGGGGGCUCUGGUCAUGGACACUUCGGUCUGCGGCUGAGGCUAAGAAAGUGGCAUUGAGAUCUGCCAGCAGGGGACAAGACAACAGCCAGGCCACUUGGUCUACCGUGCAGUUGAGAGGCCUUGGCCGGGGGAGCAGGGGCUGGGACAGAGGUGCGUCAGAGCCACACUCGUUGUGGAACCAGAAGUCACAGGCUGAGGCAGGUUUCUGUGCACCACGGGUGGCACCCCAGCAUGAGGAGCUGACCUGGCAAUGUCACGGGCACUCCCUGAGGGAGAGAGCCCAUCCUCCUAGUGCACCUCCCUCAGGGACAGCCUGUGGGUCCCCUCUGUCAACCAGCCAGCCGUGUCUGAACAGAGGCUGAAGCUGGGAGAAGUGGCUCCCCUCCCAGCCUGGUUUCGGUGAACACGGGAAUAAAGUGUCUUUCUACGCUGCAGGUUGCUCUCCUCCAUUUUGUUUUUUCUCCUGCAUCUUCCCUGCUGCUAAGAGGGUCGUCUUCCUGUUUCCCAUUAAAGAA